GGCCAGGCAGCCGGCAGCCAGUCAGCUCGCUACCUGCAGCUAGGCUGCCUACCAUGCUCAACUUCGGCGCUUCUCUCCAACAAGCUGCGGAGGAGAGAAUGGAAAUGAUUUCAGAAAGGUCAAAAGAGAGUAUGUAUUCCUGGAACAAGACUACAGAGAAAAGUGACUUUGAAGCUGUCGAGGCCCUUAUGUCUAUGAGCUGCAGUUGGAAGUCUGGCUUUAAGAAAUACCUGGAAAACAGACCUGUUACUCCAGCCUCUGAUACAUCAGAGGAGGAGAGUCUGCUUCCAGGCACACCUGACUUCCAUGCCAUCCCAGCAUUUUGUUUGACCCCGCCUUACAGCCCCUCUGACUUUGAGCCCUCUCAAGUGUCAAAUCUGAUGGCACCAGCGCCACCUACUGGACAUUUCAAGUCAUUCUCAGACCCUGCCAAGCCUACCGUCCCUGUACCUUUCAAAGAGGAACAGAACCCAGUAUCUACCCCCAAACUCCCCAAGGCUCAGGCAACAAGUGUGAUUCGACAUACAGCUGAUGCCCAGUUAUGUAACCACCAAUCUUGCCCAGUGAAAGCAGCUGGCAUCCUCAACUACCAGGACAAUUCUUUUAGAAGAAGAACCCACCUAAAUGUGGAAGCUGCAAGAAAAAACAUUCCCUGUGCAGCUGUGUCACCAAACAGGUCCAAAUGUGAGCGAAAUGCAGUGGCCGAUGCCGACGAGAAAGCAGGUGUGCCACGCUAUGACUUUUCUGUGCCUUCCUCAGAGACUGUCAUUUGUAGGUCUCAGCCAGCCCCAGCAUCCCCGCAGCAGAAGUCUGUGUUGGUGUCUCCACCCGCAGUGCCCACAGGGGGAAUGUCGCCUCUGCCUGUCAUCUGCCAGAUGGUUCCUCUUCCUGCAAACAACCCCGUUGUGACCACUGUUGUUCCCAGCACUCCACCCAGCCAGCCACCGGCGGUCUGCCCGCCUGUGGUGUUCAUGGGCACUCAGGUGCCCAAAGGCGCAGUCAUGUUUGUCGUCCCUCAGACCGUAGUGCCGAGCCCAAAGCCUCCAGUGUUGAGCCCCAACGGCACCAGACUCUCUCCCAUUGCUCCUGCACCUGGGUUUCCCCCUUCGGCAGCAAAAGUCACUCCUCAGAUCGACUCAUCCAGAGUAAGAAGUCACAUCUGUAGCCACCCAGGGUGCGGCAAGACCUACUUUAAAAGUUCCCACCUGAAGGCCCACAUGAGAACACAUACAGGAGAGAAGCCUUUUAGCUGUAGCUGGAAAGGUUGUGAAAGGAGGUUCGCCCGUUCUGAUGAACUGUCCAGACACCGGCGAACCCACACAGGUGAGAAGAAAUUUGCCUGUCCCAUGUGCGACCGGCGGUUCAUGAGGAGUGACCAUCUGACCAAGCACGCCCGGCGCCACCUGUCAGCCAAGAAACUCCCAAACUGGCAGAUGGAAGUGAGCAAGUUAAAUGACAUUGCUCUACCUUCAGUCCCUGCACCCAACCAGUGAUGGAUGAGGUGAAGAAUGAGAACUAACUUUAGUCCCAGCUGGGAAGCAGUGGUGGGGUCAGAAUACUUCCGCUACAAAAGUCUGUGGCCCUGGAAUGGGGCUGAGUGUAGCCUAUGACCUGAGGUGGAGCCCAGUAUGGGUCACAUGACCAGUGCUUUGGCCACAGGCCCAUCACUGCAGGGCAGGUUUCAUUUACCACCUGAGAGAUGAGGGCUUGUGUUCCCUUGAGUAUGGUUUGAAGGUUUCAGGUGAGGUCACAGGUAGCACAGGUUUAGAAGGUGUGCACCUCUGUUACUUUUUUUUGUUUUGCUACACUUGAGACCAGUUUUUCAAUGUGACUCUUCUCAAGCACUGGUUUCAAGAACAGAGAGACUAGAAAUCACGGUACAGAUAUGGACAUCAGAAAUCAGUUUGUAUUAUUAUACAGAUUGUCAUCUUUUCCUAGAGUUAUCUUGUUCACUAUUUCUAGUCUUUCCCGUCAACUUCAUGGGUGUAGUUACUGAAUAUAUCUUGAACUAUCAUUUUCACACUAUUGGUAUUUGGAAUUGAAUGAAGGCUGUACAUUGCUAAAGGAGAGGCCCGAGGCGUUUGGAAUCCUUACUCAUUUAAUUGCUUUGAAGUACAGCUACAAUUUUCAUUUUGCAUUUUUGUUUUGAAGGUUUAACAAAUGAGUAUUUAGGCAUUUUAUUAUGCUUUGGACUUUAGUUUGCCUGCAGUUUCUUGUGUAGAUUCGAAAAUUGUAUAUCAAUGUUUUCUGUAGACUCUAAGAUACACUGCACUUUGUUAAAGAAAAAGAUUCUGAAAAUGAAAAUACAUUUUGUAAAGAAGUAUAUCAGUAAUUUUAGAUAACUCCUUGAAAAAGACGGCUCACGUUAUCCGUAAAAUACCCUUACAUUAUGAAGAUAAAAUGUGUGCUUUAUUAAAUUACAAAAUUAGUGACCAUUAUUUACAGAUAGAUAAAUGUCCUAUUUAUUUAUAUGAGUUUUUCGGGGAUGUAGAGGUAGGUAGGUAGAGAAAUUAUUAUUGCCAGAGUAUUUACUUUGUUUUUCAACUUGAAAAUAUAGUUAUGUUCUCCUUACCACCCCAGUUUUGGAAGUACUCAGAAAACUCCCAUGGAGUCCUUCCACAGGCCAGGAAAGUACUCUGCCACUGAGCUACAUCUUUGGCCUAGCACAGGGGCUUUUAUUAAUUAACAGCAUUUCUGUUCUGUUCUGUUGUAUAGUAGAUGAUCUACACAGUGGUAAAAUUGUUUAAAAUACAUAGUGAAAAUACCACCAUAUAUUCCCAUUUAAAGGUUUUCUGGCAUCAAAACUUGGAAUCUUGGUUUAAAAAAAAGUUUUUUUUUUCUUAAUUAGAAAAAAAUCCUUGUGAGUUACAAUUUGCACAAUGUUUCUUUUGUUGUACUUUAUAUCUUGUUUACAAUAAAGAAUUUUCUUUGGUAUACUUAA